AUGAAUUUUUCACAGGUGUCAUACUUCACCCUGACUGCCUACAUUGAUAUUGGGCUCUUUAAAUACUUGUUUUUUGUAUUCAUGAUGUGUUUUUAUGCCUCCGUCAUCUGCUGUAAUGUUGUUCUGAUCGUGGUUAUCUGUGUGAACAGGAGUCUACAUGAACCUAUGUACACGUUUCUGUGCAGCCUGUUUGUAAACGAGCUGUAUGGUAGUUCGGGCUUGUUUCCGUUCCUGCUGGUUCAGAUUUUCUCAGACGUUCACUCUGUUUCUGUUCCUUUUUGUUUCCUGCAGAUCUUCUGUCUCUACAUGUAUGCAAACGUAGAGUUCUAUAACUUAGCCGUCAUGUCUUAUGACAGGUAUGUGGCCAUCUGUCACCCUCUGCAGUAUCACACUCUGAUGUCUGGCAGCCUUGUUCUCAGGCUGAUUGCGUUCUCCUGGUUUCUGCCUUUGGCUAACAUAAUUGUGAUGAUCUCCCUGAACGCCUCCUGUCAGCUGUGUGGGAACAUUAUUGAUGGUUUGUAUUGCACCAACCACAGUGUUGUGAAGUUGGGGUGCAGAAACACGAUGUUCAGUAACGUCUAUGGACUCCUUUACACGUUCACUGUGAUCAUCAGUCUCGCUGCAUUGAUCUUUUACACAUAUGUGAGGAUCCUGAAAGUGUGUUUUUCUGGAUCCAAACAAACCCGGCAGAAAGCCAUCAGCACCUGCAUGCCUCACCUGGCCUCUCUGCUAAACUUCUCCUUUGGUUGUUUUUUUGAGAUAACACAGAGCAGAUUCGACAUGAGCCAAGUUCCUAGCAUCCUGCGUAUUAUUCUCUCCCUUUACUUCGUCACCUGUCAGCCGCUUCUUAACCCCGUUCUGUACGGGCUUCAACUGCAGAAAAUACGCAUCUCUUGUAGAAAGCUGUUCUUUGGUCAUAAUUAA